ACAUAACGUGUGCAAAACACACACAUUACACAUCUAUACUCAUAUCGUGCAUGUGAACGCGUGUGUAUACAGACGUGUACUAUUAUACUCAUAGGCAGAGUUGCAUUCAAGCUGCACAUCGGGCUGCGCGCGGCCUUAUGCACGCUGCUGCACUGCAGUAUUAUUUGUACGCUGCGCUGUGCUGCUGCACUUCGAUGCCUAUUGUGCACAGGGGGGACUUUUGAGACAUUUUGACGCGUGUGUAUGUGUAUACAGUUGGCGUUUUAAAACUCAAACGCGAGACUGCUGCACAGAGUCCGCGCCAGCAGCAGUGGUGCGAUAUUAUUGUGCUUUUUUCUUACCUACACCACGUUAUAUGCUGCGCGAUAAUAUGACAGCAGCAGCGGCCAAGACUCCUCGGCUGUUUCGCGAUAAAACCGAGAACUCGUUAUUAUAGUGCGCGACGACUGUGUGUCAUGUGUGCUGUUGCUGCAGUUCUUCUCGGGAUUAUGAGCUGCUGCGCGUAACCACCAGCUGUCUGGCCCGGGUUUACGACGCUCCAACACGCCCCAGGAGAAAAUGGCAAAGAUCUUCGCUCCAGCAGAAGCCAAUUUACGUUCGAACUCCGACAGCCUUGCCAAUUACUCACUGCCCUGCGAGUACUGCGCUAACCUUACCUUUAAGCAUAUUCACGAUUUCAUCAGACACUUGAGAGAAAAGCAUUGCAGUCAGGAAGGUGGUUCCUUCGUCUGCCGUUAUGGUUACAACCAGGUCUGCUCCAGUUUGCCAGUCGAAGGUGUAUCCGACAAAGAUUAUAUAGCUCAUGCUGCUAAACACGCUGCUAAUAUGCAGCAACAGCAGCAGCUCAAAAAGAGUAAUGGCCAGAUGCUUGUGGCUACCUCCGGUGCUGCAUCUUCCACUGGUAGUGCCUCAACUUCUUGGUCAGUUUAUUCUGCUGCUCAAAAUUUACCCGCUGUUCUCAAUGAUCCCUACAAGGGUAAACAGAGUAAUUUUCUUACCAAAACCUGGGGUGAUUCUUUCAUUGAAAAAACAGAUAUACCUAAAAGCCUUUAUAUACCAGAAAUCAAUGAACAUCACUUUGAUUCUUACAGAAAAAGAAUCAUCAAAAGAUACGAUAAACAUCUGCGUUUAAAAGCUAACACAAAUUUGCCACCAAACACAUCUAUUGAAUUACUACAUCAUUUUCCUAAUCUUAGAAAAGUCAAAUCAUUAGGGUCUACAAACAAUGGACCUAUAGAUCAUUCUCAGUUUGACUUUAAUAGUAUUCCAAGAAUAUUUAUCAAUCCUCAUCUGGACCUAUCAAAAAGGCAAAACUUUGAUGAGGUGUUUCCUUUUUCAAAAGAAGGAUUACUUGGUGAUGGAAAAAAUAUUGUUUUUAAUGUUAAGCAGAUGCAAGAGAAGCUAACACAUUAUUUGGAUAUAGUAGAAGUAAGAAUAGCUGAGCAAGUAGCAUCAAAAUCUCAAGCAUUUUUUCAUGCAAUGACAUCACAUGAUGUUCUAAUGGAACAACUGACUGAAACUUUAACUGUUUUAAAAGCCUUACGUCAAAAUAUACAUAGUAUAGAUAAUAAUAUUGUAAAGAGCUCUUUACAUGUAUUCAAGCUGGAAAGAGCCAGGUCUAAUCAUCUUUUGGUGCUAGAAAAAUUGAAACUCAUUGCGACAGUACAUCAAAGUCAACCUAUGAUACAAUCAUUAUUAUCAACACCUGACUAUGUUGCUGCCUUAGAUGUUAUAUCAACUACACAAGAAAUACUAGCUCAAGAAUUAAAAGGAAUUUAUGGGUUUAGACACUUGAGUUCUCAAUUAACAGAGAUGGAAAAAGUUAUUAACAAAAUGUUGCAUACUGAAUUUGAAAGAUAUGCGACAGCGGAUCUGAAUAGACCAUUGAACGGAGAUUUUACCGUUUUAGAUGGGGAUAAAUUGGUAUCAAUUAUCUCCGGCCUAUUACGACAAAAACAUUUUCAAUUUAUUGAUAGUUAUAAGGAAGAAGCAAUGACGACAGUGAGAGCAAUUACCAAACAGCGUAUAAUAGAGGCAUUGGCCGACAGCGAUUGCUGUAGUGAUCAACAAGCAGCAGCACUUGAAGUCGGCGGUCUUUCUCUAACUGAGAGACUUAAACUUUUAGACAAUUCAAUACAGGCCUUGACUUCCCUUCUAUACCGCAUUAAGGCUGUCCAUAAUGUGAUGAAAGAUACAGCAAAUUCGGCAGCUUGUAAAUCAUCGACCGAUAGACCCAAUGAAUCGAUGAUGGAUCGACUUUUAACAGACGACGAUCACGAACGAGUUAUAACAAAAUUGAAUGAUAUGCUCGCAUCUUUGUGCGAUUAUUGUCACGAAAGAUUGGGUAAUUUAGUUUCUGCUAGUCCGAAUGAAAAUGAAAAAGAAAAGCUGUCAAAUGACACGAAUAGUUCUUCCAAUAAAUCUGCUGAAAAAGACGUAGCAGCAUCUGCAACUGAAAAUUUUAGUGAUAACAAUAAAUCAUGGUUGAGUGAUAGAGCAACAAUGAAUCAAGUAUGUAAAUUAGCUAAUUUAGUGGAAAAAUUCACAGAAACUUGUGAAACUUUGUGUGGUAAGCAGUGCCUAGCAUUGCGAUCUGCUUUUAAGGCACAAGCAAGUAAAUUUGUGCAGAAAUUCCAUUCUGAGAGGAAAAUUAAAUUAAGUCACGUUCUCGACUCAGAAAGAUGGAAACAAGCCGAAGUGCCUCCAGAGUUUCAAGCUUUGAUAACUUAUAUACACCAAAAUGAAUCUUUUCCUUACGAACUAUCGCAAACUAAUGUCAUUAGAACUAACAAAAUUGAAAAUUUCAUGUACGUCGGAAACGAAAAAUUUGCCAUCGUUGGAACAGUUUUGUUACUGAUUCAAAUCAUUCAUGAGUACUGCAGAACGGCGAGUGAAUUGACAGCCUUGUCGGGAAUGUUGGGAAGAAAUUUGGCUGAGAUACUGCGGCAUUACAACUCUCGUUGUUGCCAACUUGUAUUAUACGCUGGAGCUAUGCAAGUCGCUGGUCUUAAAACUAUCACUAGUACGAUAUUGGUCUUGGCUGGACGAAGUUUAAAAUUAAUUUUGUGGAUUAUGCCUUAUGUGAAGGCUCACUUUCAAGCUUUAGCAGAGCAUCAACCAAACGUUCCAGGCAUGCCUCAUGCUAAUGGAGUUUCACUGCUGGAUACUGUAGAAAGAGAUAUACGUUCUCACAUCCAAGAAAUCGAGGGUAAAAUUUUAACGAUAGUGGAUAGCUUAUUAGCUGGACAGAUAUCAACGUGGACUGGGAAGCCUCCGGUUCCAUCACAAUCGUUUAGAAAUAUAUCUAAACACCUGACGAAACUCUUCGAGGCUGUUUCGAGUAUUCUACCAGCUGAGGAGGUGCAAUCGCUUUAUCGAAUGGUCAACAAAGCUUUCAAAGAAAAAUUGCGUGAGCAGCUGCUAAAAAAAAAUAUUACGAACGAUGGUGGUCCUCAACAUGGUGUUGUGACUUCGGAGCUAACGUUUUAUCUCGAGACGUUGCGAAAUCUCAAAGUUCUGCCGGUCGAAGAAUUGAAUAACAACUGUCUGAACGAUGUGUGGACAAAAUAACACGCAGAGUUAGUGGUUUACUGUGCAAUGAGUUCAAUGAAGGCUCGAUCGGUCAGAUGACUGCAAUUGUAUAUAUCAUAGAGCCUUAUCAAGUGUGAAAAAAAUUGUACAAAAAAGUGAAUUUUAAAUUCAAUUUGCUAAUGUAUAUAGUGUAAUGAUGGUAUGCUCAAAAGUUUUCAAAGUUCUGAAGUAGUGUAAUAAGAUUGAAUGCGGACACGCGAGAAAAAAAUAAUGCAUAAGGAGUAUAAGUAUUGAUAGUUGGACCAAGAAUGGCUGCUUUAAUUGAUUCUCAAGCAUGUUGAUAUUGUUGAGAAUUAUUCACUGCCAUUGAAAUCUCACGAUUUUUUAUUGAUUAUUUUAGCUGCAAUAUUUAGCAUGUACGUUAUAAUUUUUGUCCAUUACUUUAAUUCUACGCAUACAAGUGAGAAUGAGGCGGUAGGGUGAUUUUAAAGCUUUCUCUAGUCUGCGCUGUAAAAAUUUACUUUUAAAAAUUAGCGAAACAUGCAGAUGUAAUAAUAAAAGUGCUAUUGAAGAAAAUUCGCAAGAUGCGUGGCAAUCAACCGAGAUCUGCCUUUACUUAAAUAGCAAGUAAACAUUGAUUUUUACAAAACAUCACAACCGACGGAUUCAUCACAAAGACUGAUAACUUCUAAAUGCAGUGUGCAGUGCUUAUUUAUCAAAACCGCUCCAUCGAAUUGAAAACAAAACGAACGAAUGAUCGUUGUUGCUAUGCAUCAAAUUAUGAUUCCGUUUUUUAUUGUAAUAAUAUUAAGCACCGCACGCGAUUUGUUAAAUCAAUUUUCAAGUAUUUUUCACCUUGGUAUCCGAAUUGUUUCGAAUUCUCUCACGCAAUGAAAAAUUCUAGUCCAGUGUAAUCCACGUGCAUUAAGAUUUAUUCAAUCUCAUCGAAAUUUGUAAAAUCUUUGAGCUGUAUAAUAAUUUUAUUGUAGAUAAUGGAGGAAAUGUGUCUGUGUGUGUAUCCUCGAAGCACCAUUGCAAUUCCAAUUUCGAGGAUUCACGAUGAUUUGUAAAUUACGCAUAGCGAGUAGAUGUAUUCAACGAACGUCGUCGCCAUGACGAUGACAUUUCAAAACACGCGCGCGCGUCUAGUGAUAUUAUACAGUGUUAUAUAGACAACAGUCACUUCGGUAUAUUAGUACAGUGUAGAUAUUUUUCAUCGCGCACACACACUUUUGUUAUGUUAUUUACGGACGACCGAAAAUGACAGGCAAAGCGGCGUAAGUAUUUCGAAUGCGCGACUUAUGUGAACCGAGAGGCAUUUUGAAAGUGUCCAAGUAGUACCUACGCAAAGAUAUUAUUUCAAUGUUGUAUACAUAUGUAGAGUUAUUACUAUAUUGUAAAAAAAAAUAAUAGAAGUUUUAUUGCAUCGGGGCUUUCGUUCUCAGAUAAUAUUAUACAUUUUCAUUCUCUUUCACUUUGUUAGAAAAAAUUGGAAAUUAUCAUUCCACUAAUUUGACUAAUGCUGUGCGACGAACGAAUGAAUAAAUAAUUAAUAUCUGUGAAAAUUCUCUCUGUUUUUAUUCUCGUACGAUAUCCCAUCGAUAUU